CGGGAGUGAGGAACAGAGCUCGUUAUCUGCCUAGUUCACCACUUCUGGGCUUGGGCUGUCUUUCACUGGUAUUCCCCUGGCUGUCUGACUGCCUGGCAGAAAAGAGUUUGUCUGGACCUGCUGCUGGAAUCCCCCUGACCCUGGAGGGAGACAGAUGGUCAGACUGCGACGCUGUUUGGUGAAGUGACCCCACCAUGCGUGAAUACAAACUAGUGGUGCUAGGCUCCGGAGGUGUGGGCAAGUCCGCUCUGACAGUCCAGUUCGUCCAGGGAAUUUUCGUUGAGAAAUAUGACCCGACAAUAGAAGACUCCUACAGAAAGCAAGUGGAAGUGGACGGGCAGCAGUGCAUGCUGGAGAUCCUCGACACAGCAGGAACGGAGCAGUUCACGGCGAUGAGGGACCUUUACAUGAAGAAUGGCCAGGGCUUUGCUUUAGUAUACUCCAUUACAGCGCAGUCAACGUUUAACGACCUACAGGACUUAAGAGAACAGAUCUUACGAGUAAAGGACACUGAAGACGUCCCCAUGAUCCUGGUGGGCAACAAGUGUGACCUCGAGGACGAGCGGGUAGUGGGCAAGGAGCAGGGACAGAACCUCGCCAGACAGUGGAACAACUGUGCCUUUUUAGAGUCCUCUGCGAAAUCAAAGAUCAACGUUAACGAGAUCUUCUAUGACCUGGUCAGACAGAUAAAUAGGAAAACGCCAGUGGAAAAGAAGAAGGCGAAAAAGAAAUCGUCUUGCCUACUGCUCUAAAACUCCCACCAGCAGCAGCUCUGAGCCAGAAUGCUGAAAUGAAGAACUGUUGCCUCUUUGGAAAGUGCCAGCAUUCCAGACCUUCAACCAGAAAUGAAAACUUCAAAAAGAAAAAAAAAACAAGCAUCUUACUACUACAACUACAACUGCAAGGAAAAGUGAAAAUAAUUGACCACAUAUCUCGGACGGACUCCUCUGUACUUUUUAUACAUCAGUCAGCCGAAGAAUCCGGAUUUUUUCUCUGGUAGGAUUGACUGUCAAGACAGACCCUGAAUCUUCAGCUUCCUGGCCUCCAUUUGUUCUUUUUUUAACAAAAUGUUUAAAGACUACAGUAUUUUCAUGUCUGGCAAUAGAUAAUAAACUUUUUUUGGGGGGCAGUUGAAAUUUAGAUCUAUGAUUAUAAACAAACAGCAUGGCCUCAAUUAAAAUUAUAUAUAAUAUUGCAAAUGGAAGCAGAAUUGAUGAUUAUUGACCUUUUUUAUUAUCAUGUACCAGUCCUAAGCACUAAUUGUGUCAAAAGUAAUAGAUUGAAGUCCAUAUAUAUUUUUAUUUCCUGACAUUAAUGGGCUUUGCAGCAAAUAACAUUCUUUUCCUGUGUGACUUUAUUUUGUAUUUGAAGUCACUGGGCUUUCAGAUUUCCCAUAAUGGAUUUGAAUUCCAAAGGUUUUUUUUUCUUUUGCAUAAAUAUGCUUUGGGGAAACAAAAUAGGUAUUUUAUAGAAAAAACUGUGGGAAUAAUAAUAAUUGGUUUCUAUGUCUCUCAAAGCUGAAAUAUAUUAUACUAAACCAACUCUAAUAUCGCUUCUUGUGUUUUCCUGUCACAAACAAUUCCGGCUUUUAUGAAUAAUUAAAUUUUAGUACAUUUUCAUUAUUUUUUGGUCAUUGUAAUUUUUGUUAUAUAUAUAUGUUUCUUAUCCAAAAGGAGCUCUAUCAUUUUUGGUGUUUUUUUUUUUAACUUAAUGAUGUUUUUCUUCGGUUCUCUGCCUGGCAAGUGUCUCAGUCAUCGCUGUUCAGAAAACGCCUGCGAUGGAAAUGUGAACUGAAUGAAUAAAUGAUUUUCGGAUUUA